UGCAUUUUCGAUGCUCUCCAAAUCUCGUCUGCUUGAAAAAAUAAGGUUGAGGACGGCAGGACAGUGGAGACGACAGCUAGCUGUCAAGCAGUAGCACAUGUGCUGCUCAGAUGUGGAGACUCCAUCACCCUUGAGGAAAGGCACAGAGUUGUAGUACAGCUGCUUUUCUUCUGCUGCUGCAAAUGGCUGCAUUGUUUGCCCGAAUAUCAGCACCUUUCUACUCGCGUACAGUUUUCGCUCGUGCCAUGUCUGAAGCCAAAGUUCUUGUAACACGGCAGGUACCGGACAGCUUCAUCGCGCCCCUCUUGCAGGAGACAUCAAUCAAAGUCAUUCCGGGAGGGCGCGAUGCCAUGCCAAAGCAGAAGCUGCACGAAAUGGUGCGAGGCGUGGACGGAAUAUUGUGCACACUUUGCGAUAGAAUAGACGAGUCGGUACUUCGUGCUGCAGGCUCCAGCUUGAAGGUCGUGAGCACAAUGUCCGUUGGCUACAAUCACAUCGAUGUCGAGGCAUGCAAGAAACAGAACGUGGCAGUCGGCUACACACCAGAUGUGCUUACAGAUGCCACGGCAGAGCUAGCUGUAGCCUUGCUACUGGCAACAAGCCGACGUCUAUUUGAAGGAGCUCUCUCGCUACGCAUGGGACAGUGGGGCAGCUGGGAUCCAACGUACAUGCUCGGAAAAGGCUUGAAAGGCUCGACGGUGGGUGUAAUGGGCAUGGGCAGAAUAGGACAAGCAGUGGCCAAGCGUCUCUUGCCAUUCGGCGUAGAGAAGAUGCUGUACAGCGGGCGAGCUGCUAAGCCAGAGAUUGACUACGCUGACUUUGUCAGCUUUGAGCAGCUUCUGGAACGCUCAGACUUCAUUGUGGUCACAUGCGCUCUCACUGCAGAGACAACGAAUCUGUUCAGUAGCGAGCAGUUCUCCACCAUGAAGAAUACGGCGGUGUUUGUUAACGUGGCUCGUGGUGAAGUGGUCGACCAGGCGGCACUAGUGCAGGCGCUCAAAAGCAACCAGAUCGCUGCAGCGGGACUCGACGUCAUGACACCCGAACCCAUCCCAACGAAUCACGAACUGGUGCAGCUGUCCAACUGUGUACUCGUUCCACAUAUCGGCAGUGCCGAGGAGCAGACACGACUCAUGAUGGGGCAACUGGCAGCAAGGAACAUUGUAGCUGCGUUAAAACAAGAGUCACUGCCCACACCGGUACCGGGAACAUAACUACUUUUUUUAAACUGAAAGCAUCAUUUCUAAUUGUUACCAUACUAUUUCUUGUUUCAACCAGAGCUUGUGUUGAGUGUUCAUUUACCUAUUUUUUUAAAUAAUGAAAUCACGUUGUUUCAGUCACAAAACACAACUUUCCAUAUACC